AUGUUUUGUAGCAAGCAUGGCAUUGUGGUACCUGAUAUGGAAGAUCAGUUUUUAAUUCCAGGACGGUCUCGCCGUGCAAGACACCUGGUAACUUGUUAUCAUCAUCAUCAUAAUGAGGUUUUUCUUCCUGCGAUUGAUUUACUUGCUGUUGAGAUGAAUAAUAGAUAUGAUCAACACAAUUUAAUUUGUCUUGUUGAACUCUAUUCUGAUGAUUUUUCUGCUAUUGAUUGGCACUUCUUGAGAGAUGAGAUAGAUACAUAUAUUUGUGAAGUAAGAAGAAGUUUUGAUUUUACUAGUUGUGAAGAUCUUGUUAUCCUUGCAAUUAAAAUAGCUCAAACUGGUAAAUAUUCUACGUUGUUAUUGGUUUAUCGUUUGAUUGAGUUGACUUUGAUCUUACCGGUGGCUACGAUAUCUAUUGAGAGAGCUUUUUUUGCAAUAAAGCACGUCAAGUCAAAUGUACGGAACAACAUGGCAGAUGAGUGGGUGAAUGAUUUGGUGAUAUGCUUCGUUGAGAGGGAUAUAUUUGAUUCCAUUGAUAAUGAUGACAUUGUACAACAUUUUCAAAACAAAACAAACCGGCGAAUUCAACUUCCACCUCUUGCCUUUUCCAAUUCUUAG